GUGGCUGGCUCCAGCACCAGCUGCUGAUGCUGGUGGCCUGGCUUGGCGUCUCCCUCCGGCUGGUCGGGAAGGGGGCAUGGGGAACCGCCUGCGUCGGAGGGCAAACAUUAGCUCUCUGUUCAGCUGGGGUGGCUGCCUUGCUGAGGCGCGAGAAGCGUCACAAGCCGCUCACGUCUGGUUUUGGACCAAUUUAUAUCUUGGCCGACAAGGGCAGUCAACGUUCCUUCAGCCAGCCAGGCUGGCGGAGGCAGGACCACAGCCCCAGGAAACGCCUUUGCUAGGCCGUUACACUCACAGGAUUUUUCUUUUUCUUUCCAAGCGCAGACUCCGAACUCCCCUGAAGCCCUAAAACUCAAGUGGGAGAACCAAACUGUAGAGUGGGACCGGCCAGAAGAGGUGCUGUGGGGCCGCCCCUGCCUCCGGGCUGGCCGCUGCCCGAGACCGGGGCUCCCGCCUGCUCCCCGCACAAGUGUUUAGGAUAGACCGUGUUGAACCCCCUGCCCGGGGCCUGUCACCGCCGUGGCCCUGGCGGGGAAGGAGGAGGAGGAGAAGGGCGGCGGGGGAGCGCAGGGCCGCGCCGCCCCUUCCUCACGCCGGGGCCCGCCCUCGCCGCGACCGUUGGGGCGAGGCCGGAGGCGGCGGCGGUGGCCGCCACAUGAGUCCGGCGGGGCCGCCCCGCCGCCAGGCCCGGCCGGUGCCGGGGCUGCUCCUCCUCCUCCUGGCGCUGGCCGGGGGCAGCGGGGAGGCGCCGUCAGCAGGUAGAAACUGUAGCUUUCUGCAGGAAAUGGAUGUCAUUCAGAAACGGGAUGAAAAGUGUUAUUGCUAUGUGCAAAACAGAACCUUUCACUUACAGUACGUUUGGUCAACUCUUCAGGUAAAAGUUAACAGCACAGAAAUGUUCAGGUUUGAACCUCUUUCGGAAAAAAGCAACUGUCGUAAUUCAGAAACUGUUUUUGAGUUUGCUGCAUGUGCUGUUCAAAUCUUCUGGAAACCAGAGACAUCUACAGAAACUUUCAUAAGCAUAAAACAAUAUGGAGACGAUAUUUGUUUCAAAAUACAGCCCUUCAAAACCGAACUGUACACUGUGAGUGUGAAACGAGAAAUGCUAGAUGGAAAGCUCUUGUUUUUGUUUGUAGCUGGAAUUUUUCUGUUCCAUUUUGCAAACAGCCUGAGCAGGAGUACCAAGUUCUUUUACCUUUCUGGAAUAAUACUGGGUAUUCUUGCUCUGCUGGUCUUUGUCCUGUUGGCACUCAAAAGGUUUAUUCCAAGGCACAGUACCUUCUGGAUCCUAAUGAGCGGCUGCUGGAUGUCCUCUCUCUAUUUUAUUUACUGCUUCAAAGAGAAUAUGCAGUGGUUGUGGUCUGAACACAGAAACUACUUGUUGGGGUAUUUUCUGGCUGUUGGAAUUACCAGCUUUGCCACAUGCUAUCAGCAUGGACCGCUUACCACUGAAGUGAGCAUAACCUUGUUUACAUGGACGCUACAAUUAACAGCCUUUGUCUUGAUUUAUUGUGGUGUCACCAUACCUCAAGUUGCAUAUGCGGUAAUAGCAGUCAGCCUCUGUUCCAAAGGCCUGGGUUACCCCCUUGGUGCUGCUUGUCACAUAGGCAGAAAAAUGAAGAACCACUUUAAAUCAAAAAAGUUAGUGUUUAAAUGCCUUACUGAAGAGGAAUAUCGAGAACAGGGUGAAACAGAAACUAUCAGAGCUCUGGAGGAGCUACGCUCAUUCUGCAGGAACCCUGACUUCCCAUCGUGGUUAGCUGUAUCCAAACUCCAGUCCCCACAUAGGUUUGCAGGUUUUGUUCUGGGAUCUCCCCACGUCUCACCUGCAGAAGCAAAGGCACAUGAUGAAGAAUACGGCAUUGGGAGCUUCUUCCUGGAAGAGCAGCUCUUCGAGACCAGGGCAGAAUCUGAGCAAGAUGAACCAGCCAAUUCCAUCCAUGAGGGAGAUGAGGAGGAUGAAGAUGAAAUGCAUAAACAAAUUUCAUUUCCAUACGCUACUGAGUUGCUCUGAGCUUUGGGAAAUAACCAAAAAAAGGAGAGAGGGAAAACACGUUUGUCCUAGAAAGGAAGGAUUACAGACUGAGAACUCGUGCUUGGUGAUUUCUUGUGGUUGCUGGUGGACAAACAAGGAUUUUUGAAAAAACUGUUUCUUGUAUCACUGAUGUUGCCCGAUUAGAGCCACAGAAGGAAACCACAGGGGCUGUUCAAGUGAAGAGGAUUCUCAUGCUACCGGUACUUUAACUGGGGAAGUAAACGUUGCUUGUUUCCAAAGCAGCCAAAGUCCCACCAGGAUGCCUUGUUUUUCCAAGGAUACUACCUCUAGAGAACAGAGAAUCUGUUUUGGCCCUUUUCAUUGUCAAGUCCUCUGUGCUGAGCACUAGAGGGUAGAGAAGCCAUUAUUAAGACUCUACUUUUCCUACGUACCCUAUGUGUCAACAAUUUUAAUAAUGCUGUUAGUGUGCUGAUAAACUAUUUUUAUUGUUUGUGGGACUUUUCAGUGCUAAAGAUCAAUAGAGAGUCAACACAGUUGAACGAGGUUUGUUUGCUCCUCUGGCCAGCCUUGCCGUCUGUUAGCCUCAUUUUGCCUUUCCACGUUUGUUUUAAGCCCCUCUCACUCUUCAGAACCCUGCCUGACUUUCCACCCUCUGUUGCAUUGCUCUGGUUUUGGUCUCUGCUCUAAUUAUACCGCACUUUGUUCUUUCCAUGUCUUUGUUUAUUUCUCUUCCCCCUUCUACAGGUCCCUCUCUGCUGAACCUUUCUUCAGUCCUCUGCUUCUCCACCUCUGACAGCUUCAGACGAUUUAGGAGAGGAUUUCCAUCCCCAAAUGUAUUUUCAGUAUUGCUUUCAAUUUCACUGUCACCUUACCUCAGACGGGUGCUGGCCUCCAUACCGGGCCUCUCAACAGCCCACAAAAGGUGACAAAGGCUGAGGCUGUUUCAGCUGCUCAGAGGAACUGCUGCCAGCAGCGCUGGAGUGAUGCUGUAAGCAUGUAAUUGGUAAUACAGAUAACCCACAUAUAGCUCCCACUGUCCUCAGAGACUCAAUACUUUGCUCAUUCAUUAGAAAGUGAAAAGUAAUUCCAAAACAAGGAGGGAGGGAUGCUUGGCUCCUACCUUCCCUUCUUCGGCCCUCUUUGGGACUUACCACAGGAGGUGUGCGGGGAGGAAAAGAACAGGGAGAGAAAUUUAGACAGUCAAAUGUGUUUCAGCUUACGGUUUACAGAAUCCUAGACUAGAGAGUAGAUCACGACCCCUCAAUUCACCCACCUGCAGAGUCAUUUCCCUCUUUUGUUUUUUAGACUAUCCCUGUAUUCUUCUGUCCUCACCUUGCUGUUUUCCUUUACUGUCUCUAAAUUGCAGAAAACAAAAGACCAUUAAUUGUGUCACUCCUGAUCUUACAAACCCACCGGUGUGGGUGGUGGGAAGCAGUUUGCUCUCCAGAAGGGCAUUUCAGAGCAGGAUAUAUUUGUUUUAAAAGGGAUCUCUUUUCAUUGCAACAUUCCCAGUGAUGCAGCAUGACUUCUGUGGUGCAUGCACUAUCGUGGCUUCUCAUUGUCUGUCGCUGGACAAGGGAGAAAAUGUUACCUCUAAGAGUGCUAAGAAGUGCUGCCAUACCACAUUCUAAGAGCUCCGCUGUAUAAAAGAGGACUCAGAGUUCAUGCUUGAAAGCCUUACUUACAUAGUCCUUCCUCCUUUAUAUUGCUUCAACGUUGCUUCAUUUUAAAAGACACUCAUCCAUUUUACAGUAGAAACACUUAACACCCUUUGGUGCCACACACUUAUAAAUCCAGAUACAGAAUCUAUAGCAUAUUUAGCAGAGAGAAGCCCUGUUGGGCAAGUAAUCCAAAAUACACUCACUGUAAAGUCCACAACCUUCAAAAAUAGAACAAGAGAGUUCUGUUCAGGAAGGGCACUAGCAGCAAGAGUCACCUCUAAGAGAGGCUGCUACUACCACAUUCACAGUUAAAUUGCCACCCACACUCUGAAGUCAGGCUUGGCUUGGCGGGUUCUGUCACUAGCAAGAAGCUGGAGGCAUUAGCUGUUGUGAAAACUGAGGAAAUCCUCAUCGUCUUUGAUGGUUUGGAAGCAGGCUGAAGAUUCACCCCUGACCAAUGAUCUUUGUCUACUAAAGACUAUUUUACCUUUGAGGUUGCCAUCAUGAAAAUGAAGUACUUACUUAAAAGUACUACAGAUUAGUCAAAAGGAUACUUGAAGAGAUGGCUUAAUGUUAAACGUUUUUUGCAUGUUUUGAGGUGCACAAGCUUUUUCAGUGUACUUUGUAGCUAGCUAAGAACUCCCAUCCAUGUGAUUUGAGGCCAAGGGGGAAGAUCAGAUUUAUCCUAGCUUAAACCCACAGUUUCUCUGGAUUUCUUGUCUUUGCUGAGGUAGUGAUGAUUAUCUUUCCAUAAGUACAUGAUAUGUAUUUACAUACAAUACCCCAGAUAAUACAUUAAGAUAAUAUUUUACGUAUGCAGUAUGUUAAAUUGAAAAGCCCCCCAAAAAUAGGCAAUUGCAUUUUUCAGACACUGUCCCUUUUUCUAAAUAAUUUAGAACAAUAGCACAUACACCUGUUCCCACAAGGAAAAAAAAAAUAACCCACAUUUUAUGGAGUUGUGAAGUCCAUCAUUUGCCAGGGAUGGGUAAAUAAUAUCCAGAGUAGAGCAGGAAACUACCAGGUACAUCCAGGACAGAAUUACAGCAACGUACGAGAAAGAUGACAGCUACUUCAGUGGACAGCUGAUACUGACCUUAGAAAGCCUCCCAUGCCUGUUCCAACGUUGGAAGCAUUUCAUAAACAAAACCCACCAAAACCAACUGCUGUCAUUUGAGCCCUUGGCCAACAGUGAGUUUACUUGCACAGUGCUCCUGUGAGAUGCGGAGAUUACACGGGUUUACUGAAAUACAGGUACUGCCCAGUGUUCAGCCAGAAUAUCUGUGAACAGAACCUAGAAAUUAACCAUUGCCUUAACCAUUAUAAAAGCUUUUCUUUCUUAACGAAGGAUAAGUGACAUUUAUCUUCUGUUUCACGGUGUUUAAGAAAAAGUUAGAUUUCAUAUUUAUUUUGUAUUCACAGUACAGCAUACUCGAUAUACUGUCUUUACUUUCAAGAGUUUUUUAAAUAAAAAUUUUUCAACUAUGUGGUACU